UUCAUUCCUUAUCUGCUGUUUGAUUAUUUAUAAAGCAUACCCAAAUACCAUUCAGCUAUUUAACAAGAAUAAAGAAGGCCUCUGCGAGCGCAUCCUCAACAAGAAAGUUUGUCAACUGUAUGGUCGUUUAUAACAAUCCUAAGUCUCCGUAGCGCCGAUCAUGACAUUUGACGAUACCUUGGAGCAAAUUGGAGGAUUUGGUCUCUACCAAAUCUUUAUGGUCGUAACAUGGAAUGUUUUCUACUGUGGUAAUGGAUGGCAGUAUUCAUUAACGAACUUCAUUGCGGGGAAAAUGGACCAUUGGUGCGCAGUACCGGAACUUGCCAACCUGAACGAGACAAUGCAGAAGUUUAUUUCAAUUCCUGAAACUCAAAACUCAUUUGGAGAUACUGUUUAUGAUAAAUGUACAAUGUUUGAUUAUAACUAUAGUGCCAUUGACUGGGGAAAUGCUGAUCUUGUAAAUGGGUGGACACGAGAUGUUAAUGCUUCGCGGAUCAGUUGUAGGAAUGGAUGGCGGUACAACAGAGACACAUUCGAAACUACGGUUGUCAGCGAAUAUGAUCUGGUUUGCGAUAGGGAUUGGAUGUUCACGUUACCUGCGACAUUCCAGAUGCUUGGUCUCUUCUUUGGGGCUUUCCUCUCUGGAGCUAUAUCAGACAGAUUUGGCCGAAAGCGAGCAACAUUAGGCCUCCUUGUUCUUUCGUUAGGAGCAAUCGUUGGAGGAGCGUUUGCGGAGAAUUUCUGGUUGUUCGUUAUAUUACGUAUGUUUUCAACCAUGUUUUCUAUAGGGGCGUUUACACCUUUGUGGGUUUUGACCAUUGAGAUAAUGUCACCAAAAUCACGAGCACGCUGUCUCUUCUAUGCCCACUUGUUCCGAGUAAUGAGGGGAGUUACGAGCACCAUUGGAGCUUACUACGUGCGAAAUCACAAACAGCUUCAGUUGCUCUCGGCAAUAGUUGUGCUACCAGGACUUGUCCUCAUCGUGUUAACGUUCGAGUCUCCUCGCUGGCUCAUAUCAAAGGGACGCUUGAGGGACGCUGAAGAUAUCUGUGGAAAAAUUGCGAAAAUAAACAGAGUGAAAGCAAAAGAGAAUUUCACGUUAAAAGAUACGGUGGACACAAAAAAAGAUGACAGUGAUGUCAGUGAUACGAAACAGGCGUCUAUCAUAGAUUUAUUUCGUACUCCGGUCAUUAGAAAGCGUACAAUACUGAUCUGGAUCCAAUGGUUCGCCAUUGUAUUUGGUUCCUAUGCAAUGAGCUUGAAUGUCGGGACAAUUAUUCCGGGCAAUAUUUACUUGAACAAUCUCUUAAUAGGAAGUCUAACCGAAAUACCAUCCGUAUUUUUUAUGCUGCUGGCACUUUCCAAACUCGGGAGAAAGACAAUCCUUUCAUAUUUUCUGAUUACCAACGCCAUCUUUUCACUAGUUAUCAUUCCCUUGUUGUUGACCAGAAUAACGGCCUUGAUUACAACUGCCGCUGUGUGUGGUACAAUCGUUAUAAAUAUUGUCUUCAGGGUGAUAUACCUCUACAGUAGUGAAAUCUUCCCAACUCCCGCCAGGAGCGUUGGUUUAGGGAGUGGGUCCAGUUUCGGCCGCAUCGGAGGUCUGAUUAGCCCACAAGUACCUCUAUUGGGACGUAUUUGGUAUGGUCUGCCCUAUAUUGUAUUGGGCUUCUUCCCUUUAGUUGCUGGAUUGCUGGCCUUCCUUUUGCCAGAAACCAAAGGAAAGUGUCUUCCAGAGACCUUACAAGAAGCGGAAUUAUUUGGAUCGUCAAGCUCUGAUUGUGACGACAUUGUAGACGCUGAGGGGGCAAAAAGAGAGAAGAUAGAUGAGGUGUCGUUCAUAAGUGGAAAGACGAUUAGUGAUACCGGCACUACUUUGGAUGUGUACAAUGGCUCGACAAAUUCGACGGCCGAGGAACGUUUGACGUACCGACUCGAUACAACUUUGCUGUAAAUUUUAAUGGAGUGGACAACUUGGAUAACGCAAUGGGAUUUUAUUGACUUUACUUAGUAUCAGAUUUAACUAGGAGGCAAAACACUUAUGGCCAAAUUCAAUUUAACAUACAGUUGUAUGUAUCAUCAAGUGUAAAAGAAUUUAGGCACAAGACUUAAUAGUUUGUCUGUAAUAUGUCAUGGGUAACGGAUGCAGCCUAGCCGAUACCGAUGACAUCGCACUUGUAUCUCUUUUUCGGAAAGUCAUGAAUACACUUGCAUCACUGGUGAUCCGCUCGAUUACACAGCUUUCGGGUAACAAAAUGUUGGAACGUCGAAGGUACGAUUAUUCUUUGUUCCUUAUUUCACGCGUUGUAGGCAGAAUCCCCACGACAUUUUUCGACAUUUUUUCUAACAUUUUGUUACCGAAACGGUUCGAGCGUAUCGAGUGGAUCACCAGUGUGCAUUGCGAUCAACCACAUUAACAUAUUAUGGUGAUGUAUUACAUCCAGAUAGGUAUGUUGCUUUUCCAAGCCUAUUUUUGAACUUGGCGAAGAGAAUAUAAGUUAGUGACAAGCGUUUCACGUCGGUAUACCAUAUCAACCUCGGACAAUGUUAAAGACCAGACAAGUAGAGCAUUCAAGCUCUAAUGAGAAAGGGAAAAUGUACUCCUUAUACUUGGUAUAGGUAGUAAAUCUAGAGGAUAAACACCGAUUGUUAGUGCAAAAUUGUACGACAGGUGCGAUCGCACCCCCUUCCCUCAUAACCAUAAGAACAGAACUAUUAGUCAAAAGAAGAAAAGAGCUUUAAAACGCUCUUUAUUUGAAGCUUCUAGCUCAAUUUUGAAGGAAGUUGCAUCAACUUUAGUAAAUUUCAAAACAAAUCUUCAAUUCUUGGGGAUUCUUAUGCCACGAUAGCACCUCCCUGAAAAUUGGAUCGCAACCUCCCCUCCACUUCACUGAAAGCUGGCUACGCCCCUGAUGUUGUAUAGGGAAAAUACUUGUCAAAAAAACUUCUUUCAGACCAAAAUGGUUGACUUUUCCGUUGAUAUUAGAUUUUUUGCAUACUGCUUUUUAUUUGACAAUACUACAAUGCAACUGAUCUCUUUCAUAUUUAUAGUUGCUAAUAAUCCCCUAUAAUUCCUCAGUAGGGAUUUUCAAUUCAGCUUAUUUAUUGCUGAGAAAAUACUUGUCAAAAAGCGACUCAAUUCAUUUGGGCACCGGAUAUGUCAUGUGGCAUAAGGAAUUGGUGAUCUAACUUUUUUUUAUCAUUAUUGAGGAUAUAAAGUUUAUCAGAUGUUUUUGUUUAGUAGUAGUUAAAAAAACAAUAUCCAAUUUAAAUUGUAUGUAUUUGAUAAAAUUGGAAGUAUAUAUGGU